CACAGACAUCAAUAAUUGUGAGUUUGCCCUCAAGAAGAGUCAACGAAAUAAAACUUUUGCAUUCAGGAAAACGGAGAAAAGAAGAAAGACUUAGCAAUUUGCAAUCAAUGGCUUCUACAAACGAAAAGGUAAUAAGCAGCUACAUACCUGAUGAAAUUUCUUACUCAAUUCUAUCAAAGUUACCUCUUAAAUCUUUGAAGCGAUUUGAAUGUGUUCAAAAAUCAUGGUCUCUCUUAUUUGAAAAUCAACACUUCAUGAACAUGUUCCGUAACAAUUUCUUAUCUUAUAAUGAUCCAUCAUCUCUCAUCCUAAGGGUUUUUAAAAACCGUGAUGAACUUUUCUAUUCUUUUUCUGGUGCGAGGUUUGAGAAUAAGGUUAAAUUAGAUUGGUCAAAUUCAUGUGAAAACUAUAUUUUUGGAUCUCGUAGUAUUAAUGGCACAUUUUGUCUCCAUGGAUCUGUGCAUGAUUCACACGUUGUAUUGUGGACACCAGCUACCCAAACACGCAAGCUCCUUCCUCAUAGUGUGGCCGAGUCGUUUUUUAUCCCAGAUGAGGCUGAUGUUUCUUUUUUAUAUCAUGUUCAAGGAUUUGGUUAUGACCGUGUUAUAAAUGACUAUAAGGUCAUUCGGUAUGUGGCUAUUUCUGUAGAUUCAUACCCUGAGGAUCAAGACCAGUUGGAAGACCUUUAUUGUGAUCACUUAUGGGAGAUAUAUAGCCUAACAAGUAACUCGUGGAGGAAACUUCAUGUUGACAAUGACAUGCCAUAUACAGUGCAAUGUUAUGGCGACACCCAAGUCUACAUGGAUGGAAUGUGUCAUUGGUUGUGUGAAAAUGAACAAUGUUUGGUAUCAUUUUACUUUAGCAAUGAGGAGUUCUUCAUAACACCGAUACCCUCAGAUGUAGAUGAUUGGUUCAACUUGGCGGUGUUAAAUGAGUCCAUUGCAUUGAUCUCAUAUCAUACAAAAACGACUACUUUGCACAUAUCAAUUUUGGGUGAAUUUGGUAUGAAGGAAUCAUGGACUAAACUCUUUACUGUUGGACCAUUGCCUUGCGUUGAGAGUCCUAUCAUAGUUGGGACAAAAGGAGAAAUAGUCUUCAUCAGAAAAGAUGAAGAACUAGUUUGGCUUGAUUUAAAUACCCAAAUGAUUAGGGAGCUUGGUUACAAACAAGAGCCUUAUACUAGGCUGUGGGUAAUAAUAUACAAGGAUGGCAUUCUUCCAAUUGAAGGAAGUAAGUAAUUAAUUGUUUUCUGUAUCAAUGAAAUGAUUGACAUUUUUCUCUUAUUGAAUGGCCUCUAGUUUUUUUUUUUUUUUUUUUUUGAAAACUCAGUAUCUUGAAUUUGUAUACACUGGUAUACAUUAAUCAUAUAUUUGUAUUGUUCUAUGUAAUAUUUAUGUACUAUCUUGAAUUCAUAUUGCUUAAUUCUUUAUGAGCAUUAGAAAUCACCCAGUUAAGCGCUUUU